CGCACCACCUCCACCCCACCAGCAGCCUAUCUAGGGUUUGCGAGCGAGGGGCCUCGGGGUUGGGAUGGCGGCGGAUCGGGUGACCGGGACGGUGAAGUGGUUCAACGGGACCAAGGGGUUCGGCUUCAUCACCCCCGACGACGGCGGCCAGGACCUCUUCGUCCACCAGUCCUCCAUCAAGGCCGACGGCUACCCCAACGUCAAGGAUGGCGAGACCGUCGAGUUCACCGUCGGCGCCGACAGAGACGGCCGCGCCAAGGCCCUCGACGUCUCCGCGCCUGGCGGCGGGCCGCUCGCCGGCGGGGAACGCCCCGACGGCGGCUACGGCGGCGGCGGCGGCGGCUACGGUGGAGGAGGUGGCGGCGACCGCGGCUACGGCGGCGGCGGCGGCGGCUACGGUGGUGGCGGCGACCGCGGCUACGGCGGCGGCGGCGACCGCGGCUACGGGGGAGGAGGCGGCGGCUAUGGUGGUGGGGGCGACCGCGGCUACGGCGGCGGCGGCGGGGGUGGUGGGCGUGGCUGCUUCAAGUGCGGCGAGGACGGCCACAUGGCUCGCGACUGCUCGCAGAACGGCGGUGGCGGCGGCUACGGAGGAGGCGGCGGCUACGGUGGCGGCGGAGGCAGCCGCAACUGCUACACGUGCGGCGGGGAGGGCCAUAUUGCCAGGGACUGCAACCAGAACGGCGGCGGCGGCUACGGAAGCGGUGGCGGCCGCGGCUGCUACAACUGUGGCGAGGAGGGCCACAUCUCCCGCGAGUGCCCCAACCCCAAGAAGCGCUAGGCACGUCGUUGGAUCCGGUUCGAGUCCCACCUCCUGGCUCUCGCGUGAAGCCAUAGCCACCAUCUAUAUAUCCUAUCUAUCAGUAGUUGUAGUGUUUCGUUGUCGUCGUCGCUCGUGUCGCAGUAAGGAAGAAGGCGUAUGGAGUGGUGGUUUGGAUCUGUCUCGACAUCUCGAGUAGUAGUAAUGUUUCUGUUUGCAUCAACUGUAAGGCAGCCAUGAUCGUAUAUGGCUCUGCCCGAUCUACCUAUCUCGUUAUCGCACUCAGAUUGUAUGCCAGGAUGCCUCUGUUGUUGAUUCCUUGUUCUUCGUUUUA